AUGAGGUACGUUAUCGCGAGCGCCAACGAGUAUCUCGUGAUCACGGGAGCUGGCAUCCCGGAUCUUCGAAUCUGCAAGAAGGCCUUGGUGAUGCCAUGGCAGCGAUGCUCCAAAAUCUCCGUCUCGCCGUUCGACUUUUCGCUGAAUCUGCAGGCCAUGACCAUCGAGAAGCUGCAGUUUUCUCUCCCUGCCGUCUUCACCAUCGGUCCCGACAACAACCUCGAUUCGCUAAAGAAAUAUGCCCUCCUGCUGUCCGGAAACGCCGAUGGUGCCCCCCAGCCCAAGGGGACGAUGAACUCGACCCGGAAUCAUGUGCAGGAGAUCGUCAAGGGCAUCAUCGAGGGCGAGACCCGGGUGAUCGUGUCAAGCAUGACCAUGGAAGAGAUCUUCAAGGAGCGACAAAUUUUCAAGACAAAGGUUAUUGAGAACGUGCAAAAUGAGUUACAGCAAUUUGGACUGCGAAUCUACAAUGCCAACGUCAAAGAGCUCCAAGACACCCCCGGCAGCGAAUACUUUGCCUUCCUGAGCCGCAAAGCCCAUGAAGGCGCCCUUAACCAAGCCAAGAUCGAUGUCGCCGAAGCCCGGAUGCGCGGUGAGAUCGGCGAAGCCGAGAAGAAAGGCAGAACUAAGCAGGAGAUCUCCAAGAUUGAUGCCGAGACGGCUGUUCUCGAGACGCAACGCAAGGCCGAGAAGGCCAAGGCAGACUCGGAGUUAACCAACCGCCAGACCGAACUCGAGCGUGAUGUCCGGCUGGCAAAGAUCAUGGCUCAGCGGCAGACAGAGAUGAAGGACGCAGAGCUGCAGAAGGCAGUCGAGACGAAGCGAGCUGAGACGGAGCUGGAGCGUCUGCGCGCAACGGAAGUUACCAAGAGCAAGGUCGCGCGGGAGGCAGCGCAGCAGAAGGCCGAUGCAACGUUCUAUUCUGAGCAAAAAGCCGCCGAUGCGAGUCUCUACAAGCAGAAGAUGGAGGCGGAUGCACAAUACUACCGUCAAAAUAAAGAAGCGGACGCGCAAUUCUACCAGAAAAAGCGUGAGGCCGAAGGAAUCACGGAGAUGGCCAAGGCGUACGGAGCCUUGAUCAACGUCCUGGGUGGACCGGACGCCUUCCUGCAGUACAGGAUGAUUGAGACGGGCUUGUAUGAGAAGCUGGCGCAGGCGAACAGUCAGGCUGUACACGGGAUGCAGCCGAAGAUUACGACGUGGAAUACUGGCACAGCCACCAGCGACGCAGAUACCACCGCCCCAAUCCGCAACAUCAUGCAGUCGCUACCCCCGCUGCUCAGCACGAUUCACGACCAGACAGGCAUUGCGCCUCCAAGUUGGGUGGCUCAGAUGCCGAGCAGCAAGCCGGCUAAGUUGCAGGUGCAGAAGCUGAAUGCUGCUUCUGACCAGGUCAACGGUAGCCAAUAA